AACAAGGUUUAGAUUACAGUAAAAACUUUUGAAAAUAGUAUUUCUCAAAUUGAGUAAAGUUUUUAAAUAAUUUUUAAAUGAAAAUACAAUGGAUUUAGAAAUAGCUAUCGCGUGGACUAAUUUGACAUUUACUACAAAAAACAAAUGCUUUAGUAAAGAGACAACUGUUUUGGAUUCAUUGAAAGGUGCCGUCGCUUUCGGUACAUUGACGGCACUGAUGGGACCGUCCGAUUCGGGAAAUACUACUCUUCUCAAGUGUCUUAGCCAUCAAAUCAAAUACGGUAUAAGUAGUGAAACAUUGAUUUACGCCAACAAUAAUUCGGACAUCCGAUCCUGUUUUAUCCAUCAACGACAGCGAGAGUCACUGUCUAUGUGUUUAACUGUCAAACAAAACUUGAUAUAUGCGUCCAAAUUAAAGAACAGUUGUUUUAGUUACCAAAUCAAUCAUCAAAAAUGUGCUGAAGAUUUGAUGUCUGAGUUGUCUAUGAGUCAUAUUGCAGACAUCAGAGUUGUUAAUUGCAGUGAUAAUCAACAGCAAUGUCUAUCCAUUGCUAUAGAGCUGACACAAUAUGACAAACCAAACUUUAUGUGCAUCGAUAAGCCGACAACAGGUCUGGACAUAAAGGCGGCCGAAAAUGUGAUCCAGUGUUUAAGUAAUAUAAGCAAAGCAUACAAAAUAGCAGUUAUUGUAUCAAUAGAUGUGCCAAACACUGACACACUUAUGCUCAUCGAUCAGCUCUAUGUGUUGGCUAAGACUGGUUUGUGUGUGUAUUUUGGUUCACCCCGUGAUCUGUCCGUCCAUUUGACCGAAUGUGAGAUUGAAUACAAUCCGAAUGAGAGACCUAUUGAAGCACUGGUCAGAAGCUCUGCCAACAAUUCCGAUGAUCAAUACAUCCAGAACUUGAGUGAUAAAACCAACGAUGAUAUGGAGUGGUUGGACAACAAAUGUCAAACUGAUACCAAGUUUUUUGAUAAAGGAGUUUUCAUCCAAAGUUCAAAACGAUUUAAUCUCUUCGAUAUUUGGUAUCUUUUAAUGCGAAUGAUAACAACUGAUUAUAUCUGCAAAUGGAAAUCACUUUUGGCCGAAAUGAUCAUUUCGUUGACAUUUCCAAUAAUUCUUGGAUUACUUUUUAAUCGUGAUAUCACUGCUACCGACGGCUGUCUAAAUGAUAGCUAUUUUAACAGAAGUUGUACUCAAAUAUUGGACGAGCAGUUAGUACUGGACGACGGCGUUAAAUACCACUAUUUGGUCGCCGCAGUAAUGAUAGUAAUGAGACUAACGUUAUCUACGGUUGUCUUUCAAAGAGAUGUUCAGAUAUUUUUCACAGAACACCAAAACAGAUGGUAUAGCACCGGUGUAUUUUAUUUAACUAAAAAUUUAAUAGAUAUAGUUCCUGUGCUGUUUUGUACUGUUAUUAUGUCGAUCACCAGUUUUUAUAUGACCGCUCCCAUCUAUGACACCCAUCGACUGGUCCAAUAUGUGACAGCAUUUAUUUUCGGUGCAAUUGAAACACAGAGUUUGGCAUAUUUAUUAGUCACACUGUUUGUUAAUCUUAAAGUAUUGUCCAUCAUCGGGAUGUCCAUCAUUUUGUUUGUUUAUAGCAAUGUAUUCAGUAAUGCAAUGCUAAGAAUUGAUGAUUUACCUCUGGGACUACAAUCAAUAGGUUUGCUAUCAAUGGUCUAUCAUUUAUAUAAUCAAAUUUUGGUUAUCAUAUAUGGUCUUAAUUGGUGUCCUAAUAAUAACAAUUCAUAUGUAAUGCAAAAAUUUGGAUUAACUAAUUCAAUGGUCAAUUCACUGCCUAUAUAUCAGCUCAGUUCAUGUCUAAUAUUCCGGAUUCUAGCGCUUCUCAUACUUUAUAUUAAAGCCAAUAAUACGUUUGAUUGUAUGAAAAACUUGAUGUCAACUCAUAUUAAGUUUAAAGCAAAAUCCAGUGAAAGUGAAAAUCGUAAAAAUAGCCGAAAUUUACGAAGAGUUUCGGUAAUUGAUGUCAAUAAGAUCUUCGGUAAAGUUUAUGUCAAUGAAGAGAAAAUUGAAUUUGAAAAUAGAUUGGAGAUAAUUGAGCGACAAUUUGAUAGUAAAUCUCAUAGAGAAAUAUCUAUUGCAUGGACUGAUCUGACAUUUAAGAAAAUUGACAAUUGUUUUGCAAAUGAAGUGGUUAUUCUUGAUUCAAUCAAUGGUUAUCUUGAAUUAGGGACACUCACGGCAUUGACGGGUCCACUGGACAGUGGAAAGACAACUCUAUUAAAUAUUAUUAACGGUUUGCAUAAGUCAUACCUGACUAAUGAGACUCAAAUACAUUUGAAUCGGUAUCAAUUGAUACGCAAGUGUUUUAUAGCAAAAGAUGUUUCAAAGCAUAUGUUAUGUGGUCUUAAAGCUAGAGAAGCACUCAUUUAUGCGUCGAUGUUAAAGAAUGUUAACAAAGACAUCGAUCACAAAACAAAAGUCAAUGAAAUGAUGAAUGACUUACUUAUCAGUGAUAUCGCCGACACUUCAUGUGGUAACUGUAGUGUUGGUCAACAGAAACGUUUGAUUGUGGCCAUGGAAUUGAUUGCAUGUGAUGUGCCUAAUGUCAUAUGCAUUGAUGACCCAAUAGAUGGUCUCGACAUUAUGUCAGCCGAAGUGGUUAUACAAUGUUUGAAAUAUCUGAGUCGUAAGUACAGUAUAUCAAUAGUGACAUCAAUAGUCAACUCAAUUGGUUUCAAUAUUUUUAACCAAUUUGAUCGGUUAUAUAUCUUAAGUAAUUGUGGCAAAUGUCUAUAUUAUGGUUUACCAACAAAUCUUAAGAGUCACUUAAAUGAUUGCUCUAUAAUUGUUGAUGAAUUUCAAACACCUGUCGAAGUGAUCAACAAAUUGGCCUUAAAUGACAACAACGAUAAUCUGGUAAUUAAGUUAACAAACACGACAUCUGUUAAACUCAGAGAUGAUAUACUUAUGCGCUAUAAGAAUGAGAUAAAAAUUUCUGCAAAUGGAUUCAAUAACGGAAGCAAACGAUUUAAUUGGUCUAACUUUUGGACUGUUAUGCGGCGCACAGUUAUCUAUAAUUAUCGAUACUAUUGGAAAGUAUUGCUAUUGGAGUUGAUAGUUGUCGCACAUUUUGCCAUUGUUUUGAGAUUAUAUGCCAAACCCGAGAUGACUGAACCAAACGGUUGUGUCGGCAGUUUUGAUGAUGAAUUUCCGUACAGAUGUAACAAAUCUGAUGCUAAACUCGAUGACGAAAGUCUUACCGCACGGAACAUAGCAUAUCACUGGUCGAUGAUUUCGGGUUUUGUAUUAAUCACUUUAGUUAUAUCUACUUUAAAAUGUUUGAUUGAAAUGAAGACAUUCUUAACAGAACAUAGAAAUGUCUGGUACAGUACUGGUGUCUACUUUUGGACCAAAACAGUGGCCAAUAUUAUACCGACACUCAUCAACACACUGAUUGUUACGUCUAUAGCAAAUAUAUACAACCAAUUGUCAAUAUUUUUGAUGUUAACAUCUGUGAUGACAUUAGCCUCGUUAGUGAUACAGAGUAUGGGUUAUCUAAUUGGUGUCCUAUUUAGCGGAAAUAAAAGUUUGGCGGCAAUGAUAGUCGCCGCCUGUUUUGCAGAUCAACUGUUGUUAUCUAACUUUAUAGUACUAACCAAAAAUCUUCACUACUUUCUGGAAAUGGUCAGUGAUUUAUCUGUCAUUAAACUGGUUUCAGAAUCAAUCGUUGUCUUCCUCUACGGUUUCAAUCGUUGUAAUGACAAUGAAUUAUCUUUUCCACUCUAUUACAUGGACAUCACUGAUCAGAUAUUUUUUAAGAAUAUUAGACUAUUGGUCUAUCAAAUGCUUUUCUAUCAGUUGUUGACAUUGAUUGCGAUUAUCAUUAAAACAAAUGCCUUUCCUGAAGAUCAAUCUUAUAAACAACAGUUUCUUUUACUAUACACCAGAUUUAAACCUAAAAAGAUAUUAAUACUGUAA